UUCCUACUUUCCGCAUACAUGUGGGUUUGUCUGAUCUGUGUGUUAUGGUCUGCUAGCUUGUCGAUUAUCCUCGUACACUCCACAGUUCGUCUACGUCUGACCUCUCAUCGAGUCGCAUUGUCAACCGAGCACUCACAUGCACACAUGCACAUAUUGGUGCCUCAGUCUUGGUAGCAUGAAGCCUUAGAUUCAAAGUCUUGUUUUUCAUUCCCCUCUUAAAGCUACAUCAUUUUAGUUCAGUAGUCUGGUGUUUGGUUUACACACUCAGAAACGAAAUGAAAUUAUCUGAAACACCGAAAGGAGAUUUCUGGGGUCGCUCCUAUUCACAUUUUGUUUUUUAUCACUAUUUUUUCCUGAUAACAAAAAUUAUACAACUAACGUCAAGCCGUACACCAGUCCCUGGGGGGCGGGGAUUCAACGGCAUGAAAUACUUUGUUUUCGGCUCAGGGCUUUUUAAAAUCCGGUCUAUACGGUGAACGAGGCGACGUAAUGAAGGACAGAUGAUUAUUAAAACGUGCGGUAAGUGAUUUACUUGUAACAGUUUUUAAUUUUCUUUGCAGGGUUACACAAAGCUGAAUGAAACCAAUAAAUACGUGAAAGAAAACUUCCAUCUUGAGAAAGUAUGGCUGACGAAGCAAACGGAAAUGGUAUACAAGUACACCCAGAUAUGCAUGAAACUGCUGAAGACUAUGGUGAACUGACUUUGCACAUCUGUCAAGAGAUUCCAGAAUUAAUACUCCACCAGGUUGCGAGAGGUAUUGGUCCUGAAUGGGAGAAGCUGGCAAGAGCACUUGACUUCAACGAGGGCGAAGUCACCAGAAUGAGGGAAGACUUCUCAUCCAGUGAAUCACCAGCCUUGGAAUUCCUCACGACAUGGAAACAACGCCAAGACGGGAAGGAAGAUUCGUUUACAAAGCUGAUUGACGCAUUGGAGACGAUCGAUAAGAGUGUUAUAGCACACAAGGCACUGAAGAACAAUUCAGCUGCUUUUAGGUCUCCCAGACGUAAAAGUAAAGCUGUGACAAAUGCCGAUACGGACACUCUGCAAAUCAGUCGAUCAACUCCAGAGCGGCAUCUCAGCGAGCAGUUGGGAGAUGAAAGGAGAGGGUCCAAAGAGGUGAAAUUGUGCAAGAAGUUGACAGAGGGGUUGAGUGACGAGAACAGGCUCUACACACGCCACCAGCAACCAUACAUCUCCCUUGGUUACUUUGACAACAGAGGUGGAAGCUUGUCUCUGGAAAAGUACGACGCGAGGCUGAUCAUCCCACCGGGCGCCAUUCCAGCAGGCCCUCCGAAGAUGGUGUAUCUCUUCACCAGCCCAUCUCCGGUGACGAUCGAGGGGCUUGAAUCGAUAGAGAUCUCCCUCUCAUCGGUGAUACAGUGCGGUCCUGAAGGGUUGACAUUUGAAGAGAGCGUGGUACUGACUUUUCCUCAUCACGCUGCGAUAACAAGAGAAGUCGCCCCGGAGAUUCGGAUGCGUCAUAACGAUUCUUCGCCUGGAAAGUGGGAAGAGUUCGACGGGAACAUUGCUUUGAUGAAUGAGACGCAUGCCAUUCUUCUUGUGAAUCAUUUCACUGAGUUUACUGCAGUAGGCGUCGUAUCCCCGCAAAGCACCAAACGACUAUCAGUUGGUGCCUUUGGAAAGAGGGUUGAGAAGGGGAUUGAGAGGUAUACACUCCGGGUCUACGUUUGGGAAGAUACCCCUGCUGUUAAGGAGAGUGUACUGGCUAAGGAGAAGGCUGAGGGCGCUAUCCCUUUAGACGAUUUCAGACAGUUCGAGGUCGCUUGGUCUGCUGGCCACUUGCUUGUCAAAUUAUCGAAUCUAGCUGGAAGUUGGAAUAUGCGGACGCGAACGGUACAAAUAAUCAACCAGGAAGCGAUAUGGAAGCAACCGUGGACAUCCAGAACCUUUCACUUCAAGGCGCCUGGGUUCUUAUGGCGUCUUCUUUUAGGUCGCGAUCUGUUCUGUGACGUAGAUAUUUACCAAGGACAUGAGCGAGCUGAUUCUCUCAAAACCAGUCUGUCAGUGUAUCCAGAAAACGCAACGGCACCGGCUCGAGUUCCCCGCGAUGACGUCAGGGCUGAAGUUGGUGCUGAAUUCAGAAGACAAGCUCACGGUGUAGACAACAUCAUUGGCUACACUGGUUGCUAUGGGUUACCAGAGCAAAAGCUGAUGGACCUGUGUGAACAUCUCGACGCAGACAGAGAGGAUGGUAGGAAUUGGAUUGCACUGGCUGAAUGGUUUACUUCCAAAGGUUAUCGGUUCAUCAGAAAA